CUGCAGACGGAGCCGAUUCAAAAUCUCCAGAAUGAGUGGAAGAGGCAAAACCGGUGGUAAGGCCAGAGCCAAGGCUAAAACCCGCUCCUCCAGAGCAGGACUUCAGUUCCCCGUCGGUCGUGUUCACAGACUCCUCCGCAAAGGGAACUACGCCGAGCGCGUCGGUGCCGGUGCUCCGGUGUAUCUGGCCGCUGUGCUCGAGUACCUGACUGCUGAGAUCCUGGAGCUGGCUGGAAACGCCGCUCGGGACAACAAGAAGACCCGUAUCAUCCCCCGUCAUCUGCAGCUGGCGGUGCGCAACGACGAGGAGCUCAACAAACUCUUGGGCGGAGUGACCAUCGCUCAGGGCGGCGUGCUGCCCAACAUCCAGGCCGUGCUGCUGCCCAAGAAGACCGAGAAGCCCGCAAAGACCAAAUAAACAACAGUAGACCACUUACAAAGGCUCUUUUCAGAGCCACCCACUUUCUCGAGAAGAGCGAUUUGUAUUUAUUAAAAAAAAAAAAAGACCAACUGAUUUGAUAAAGGUAUUAUGAUUUGUGCUGUGUCUUAACUGGACGCGAGCAGAGCGAAUUAUGAGCAUAAUAAUAAAAUGUAGAGAAAGUACGUUAUUAAGAAAGGGAAACAAAGUUCAUCCACCCACCCAUAAAUCCUCUGUUAGGGAAAUACCUUAAACGAUAUUAGUGGUAACACUACACAAAUAAACUUACAAAGUACCUAUAAUCUAACGUUAGCUCUGAUUCUAAUAGAGCGGCAUUCAGAUGAA